AUGGCUCACCGCGAGUCGCCCUCCAAAGACGAGCUCGUGCUGAUCCCAGCUAUCCGCAAGGACAGCACAACUGGAUACAAGUGCGUGAAUUACAACCGCGGCGCGAAGAAGUUCGAGGCAAAGGUGAUGGACGGCGGCAAGCGCAUCUUUAUCGGCCAAUUCGACACCGCCGAGGAGGCGGCCAUCGCCUAUGCUCGCUCAGAGUACGGCCGUGCUGACGCGGCCAAGAUGAAGCAGACCCGCCCCGCUCCGUCUGCGGUUGGCGCGGCCGCGGUUCGGCAGGCGGAGAAGGAGGGCCUCACCCUCGCCACGAGCGCCAACAAGAGCGGCUACAAGGGCGUCUUCAACAACCCCAAGGAGCACGGCAGCAACAAGUUCACGCUGCAGGUGAGGGAUGGCGGCAAGCUCGUCAACCUCGGCCGCUUCGCGACGCCCGAGCAGGCGGCGCUCUUCUACGCCCGCAGGCGGGCGGGCAGGGACACCACCGAUCUCACCGCGCCGCCGCCGCCCGCGCCGCCGCCCGCGCCCUCCUCCGCCGCCGGCGCCGAGGCGGUCAGACAAGCGGGAAGGGAGGGCCUCACCCUGGUCACCAGCUGCAACAGCAACAGCGGCUACAAGGACGUGAGCCGACGCGCGAGCAGAAAGUACAAGCUGCACGUGUGGGAGGGGGGCAAGGACGUCCACCUCGGAGUCUUUGGCACCGCCGAGGAGGCGGCUCUCUUCUCCAUACGACAGGCUGAAUUGUCAGCCAUCAACGACUCGUGA